AAAAAGGUAAAAUAAAAUAAAGCUCUACCACAGUUACCCCCCUUGGUUGCAAUCGAGGAUGCUGGCGUAAGCUCGGUAGUUUACUACACCAAUCCCAUGCUUUGUGAUGGGAACUACAGGGAAUUUAGUUGUACCAGUUGUGCUGUGGGGGCACUAUGCCCCCACACACUGUAUUUCAGCGAUUACCAUGAACUCACAGUUAGACAGUAUUGUUACUGGUUGUAAUGAUGGUCAAAUAGUCAUAUGGGAGGUCACUCGCUUAUGGCAGAUAUACCCACGACACAUGCUGUUUGGACACACAGCUUCAAUUUCUUGCUUAUCAUUCGGUAAUGAGCAACAUGGAUUUCCUUAUGUUGUUAGUAGUUCAGAAAAUGGAGAAAUGUGUCUUUGGGACACCAGUGAUGGACGUUGCCUUGAAUCUACCAAAUUACCUUUAGUUCAUACAUGUAUUCAGUCUUACCGGUUUCGCGGUAGUCAAGAGAUCCGUCUUGUUUGUAAUGGCUUUUACCCAGAGAUCCAUGUUAUGGAUCCAUUUGGAUUUGAGAUCAUCUUCUCCUUACAUUCCAAAGUUACUCCAAAUUGGAUCAGUGCAUGCUGCAUUUUAAGACCAGUGAAAGGAGAGGAUGAUGUGGUAGUAGCAGUUUCUAAUUCAGGUGCUGUCAAAGUUUGGAGUUUGUCUGGUGAAGAAUCUAAGCUGAAGCCUGUUUAUGAAGAUGAAUCUAAGCAGAUUCGUUGUUUAAACGCCCAAACACUGCACUGCUGCCCAUACAAUCAGAGAACAGUUUUGAUUGUCUGUUCUAAAUCCUGGCAGGUCUAUAACUAUGACCUGGCGGCCGGAGUGUCCGCAGCAAAAGACGCAUUGAUUUAUGAUGCUAGUGAUUUCACCUUGUUGUGUUCAGAAUCCAAUCGAAACGGAGAGCAUUGGGUUGGUGGUGAUUUCAUAUCUGUUGAUAGGGUAGUUGUCUGGAAUAACGAAGGGAAAGGCUACCUGUAUAAGCUCCCUACCAAUCUACUAAAAGGAAAGGCACUGAGCAGUACUAAUCCAGAGAGUCCAGACUAUCAUGCCCACUAUCAGCCUUCAUCUCCCCAGGCCUAUUAUGUAUUGAAUACACUAAAAGAACAGCAAUGUGUUUGUUCUCCUGCAAUGGAUUUUCAACGUGGCGGUAAAAGCAAUGAUGAAAAGUUUCUCUUGUGCGGUAACUCCGAGGGACAGAUUCUUGUAUGGAAUCUACCAGAAAUUUCAGAACCUAAAACAACCUGUAUCAAACAAGAUAACUAUUAUAAUCUGCCAACGCUUUACCCAAAAGUGAAAACAGCUCUCCAAGAUUUAUGGGAUGAAAAUCCAGCUACCUCUGUUGGAUUACUCGAUCAAUUGUGUGAACAAAAGAGAGGUCUUGAAAUUACUGCUACUAUUCACAUUCCAUCUCAAGGUUUCGUAGUAUGUGGUCGCCAGGAUGGCAGUUUAAUUAUUGCACCUGCUACAAAAUGUGUUAUACUUCAACUGCUGCAUAAGAAAGAACUAACUCCUAAUAAAAUCAGUGUAAAAGUAUUACAGGGACAUGAUGGACGUGUCACAUGUUUACUAUAUCCAUGUAAUGAAUCUACUCGUUAUGAGUCUGCACAUCUUAUUUCUGGUGGAACCGACUUUUCUGUGAUUCUCUGGGACAUGUUUCAAGGGAUCAAGCUCCAUACGUUUACCGUUCAUGGAGGUGAAAUAACACAACUUCUGGUCCCUCCAAAUAGCUGUAAUCCUCGGAUUUUGACAGCUAUAUGUUCGGUCGCAAGUGAUCAUUCUGUAACUCUCUUGAGUUUGCGUGAAAGGAAAUGUAUCAUGUUAGCUGGACGGCAUUUGUUUCCUGUUCGGGUAAUAAAAUGGCGGCCUCUGGAUGACUUUAUGGUGGUAGGUUGCACUGAUGGGACAGUGUAUGUCUGGCAAAUGGAAACAGGUCACCUUGAUCGGUGUGUUCAUGGAAUUAUUGCUGAAGAAAUUCUCAACAAUUGUGAUGAAAAUGCAGUUGCAGUAGAAGCAUUAACAAAUCCAAGUAUAACACUCACUCAAGCCUUGAAGCGGCGUAAUUUAGCCACUUUCCGGAACCUUGCUCAACAAAAACUAACACAAAAUCCUGGGCCUACUCAAGCCCAGCCUUUGAUAUCUGCUGCACCAAAACCAGAACUAGUUAAGCCACAAGCAUCACCCUUACUUAUACAGGGUAUCCGCACUAACACCAACAAUCCAGAUGCCCAUUUGUUAUUCUUUGAUACAGAAUCCCUUAUAGUUCAACUCUUAACUGAAGAGUAUGCUUUGAUGACGCCAGGUGAAAUAGAAGCAUUUAAUACUACCAGUCCUACCAUGGAAAGGUUACACAAUGCAAUACAACCAGAGGUCAGUGAAGCGGCUGUGAAAAUUGCUGGCUUAAUUGCUAAAGUGAAAGACAAGGCAGAAAAUGUUGGUCACAAGAUACAAAAUAAAGUUGAAGCCACACAAUAUUCUCCUCAGUCAUCUCCAAAACAAAGCAAUCGGCCAUCUGUGACAUCAAUUACCUCAGAAAAGCAUCGACCAAAUAGUAUUCACAUAAAAUCAAUUGACAUAACCAUGGAAACUGCUCAGCUAUUUAUGUCAUGCUUGCAUGCAUGGGGCCUUGAUCCUGAUCUAGACAAACUUUGUCACAGCAAGCUGGGCUUGCUGCGACCCAAGAGACCCGUGUCUUUUGGCUUGUUCUCUCGCCAUGGGCACAUGUCUCUUUUACUUCCUGGUGGACACAAAAAGCAGUUUCGUCUUCAGCAAAACCUUUUACUUCAGAAUGUGAUCUCAAAUAAAAAGCCAACUUUAAUAGAGCAAGUACGCCAGAAAUCUAUGGAAGAUUUAAUUACUUUUGAUGAUCUUGAAAUGGAUUCAUCAACAGAAAAUGAUGACAAUGAAAGCGAUGCUGCUUUAGCAAUGAAUAGUUCUAACACUGGUGACAGCUUUGCUGAAGAUGAAAUUCACAGAUUCUCUACCAAAUCUCGUUGGCAGAUAUCACAGGCUAUUACUACUCAACAUCUUUUGAGUGUCAUUUCUGUUGCUAACACUUUAAUGAGUAUGAACUAUGCUUCUUUUUUGGAAGGAAGUCAUUUGAAACGAAUAAAAAGACGGAAAAAACAACAAUCAUUAAGUACAAUGGCACAGACAGACCCUGAUAGUGAUGAAGAAGGAGAACGAGCAUCAAUUCAACAAGCUCAAAUUAAACAAGGUUGGAGCUUACUUGCAGCUUUACACUGUGUUCUUUUACCAGAGCUAGUUGGGUCUGGUAAUUACCAAGCACCACAAGUAGAAAUGUUGGCUAGAAGAUGGCAAGACAGGUGCCUUGAAAUUCGUGAAGCUGCUCAGGCUUUGCUCUUGGCUGAAUUACGGAGGAUAGGUCCAGAAGGUCGGAAGAAAGUGGUUGAUGAGUGGGCCCCACAUCUGCCUACAUAUGUUGAUCCUAGUGUCAGUCUGAUGAAUGAGAACCUUCAUAAAGGUGAAGGGGAUGAAGAAGAAGAGGAUGAAGAAGAACAGAUAUUAACUGAAGGUGAACCACCAGCCAAUAAACUCUCCAGCAAUUUUGAAUCACGCAGGAAACAGGCCACUGCAAUCAUCAUGCUUGGAGUUGUAGGAGCAGAGUUUGGGCAUGAGAUUGAACCUAGCAAACGUAAACCGGACACAGACCAAAAGAAGCUUCGCCGUGCAGGCCAAGAAGGUUUUAGCUUGUCAAACUAUUCACUAGCCCGUCUUACUAGUCAUGCAUUAACAUUUUUGCUGUCACAACCAGCAUCUCAGCGAAUACCUGCUUACACACCUAUUCGCCGUGCAUCCAUAGAUUUGCUUGGAAGAGGUUUUACCGUCUGGGAACCUUACCUCGAUGUAUCUGCAGUUUUACUUGGACUGUUAGAGCUUUGUGUUGACGCUGAUCGUUUGGUUCCAAACAUGACUUUUGGCCUUCCAUUGACACCCUAUGCUGAUGCUAGCCGCACAGCUCGACAUUCAUUGUCACUGAUAGCCACAGCCAGACCACCUGCUUUCAUAAUCACAAUGGCAAAAGAAGUUGCUCGUUAUAAUACAUUAGCUCAAAACGCACAACCUCAGCAUCCGCAGUUAAUGAAUUUGGUCCUAGUCAGAGCCAAAGCAGAAAUAUUGCGUGUUGUAGAACUUUUGGUAGAUAAAAUGCCAAAUGAUGUAGCAGAACUCCUAAUUGAGGUGAUGGAUGUCGUUGUACAUUGUCUUGAUCUUUCUCAAUUGAAAAGUAAAGGACUUCAAGAAGUAUUCCCAGCUAUUUGCAGAUUUGGUAUGGUUACAUAUUGUAGUCAUAACAAGAGAAUUUGGGUUGGUGCCAAAAAUGGAACUUUGGCUUUCUAUGAAUUAAAACCACAUUCAAAGUGUACUACUAUCAGUGCUCAUACUGGUCCUGUUAUAGCUGUUAUGGUUUCUCCAGAUGGCAAACAUUUAGCUUCAUACUCACAUGCUGAUAGUAAAUUAAAAUUUUGGCAGACAGCUUCAUCCAACAUCUUUGGCAUCGGCCCCCAGCAGACUAAGUGCGUAAAACAACUGUCUACUCCACCUUGUCAUGUAACUCCACUCACUAACUUAUUAAAACUGGUUCGACUGGUGUGGCUGGACAACCGAACUGUGGUUCUGCUCACGGUUGAUGGCACAGAGGCCAAAUAUACAAUAUGAAACAGUAGUUGGUAACUAUUGCACCUGGAAUUACUUGCAACCUGCAAGCAACAUCUGUCCAAGUAUGUAUGAAAACUAGAUUUCCAUUUAGGGCUGUGAGAAUCAAACAUUACUUGGGCUGUUGGUGAAGAUGCCAAAAAUAAAACUCUUUGGCCAAUUUAUUCAUUAUGUCAUUUCUUAACAUGUUUAAAAAGUCAUCUGAUUCAGUUGCUUGUGACAUUGUGUUUAGAACUUAUUCUUAUUCCAAUUCCAUUAAUCAUUUUCAAAUCUGUGGACUUCUAAUUCCUUUCUAACAUGGGCCAAGCUAAAUCAACUUAUUUAAAAUAUUUAUAUGAUGACUGUCAGAUAUAGGAUGAAAUGUAUAAGUCUUUUAUUAUUUUGUUUAAAACUUUUUUUUUUAAGAGAGAAACUUGAAAAAUUGUUUGUUUAUUGAGAUUUUUAUCUUAAAAACAAAAACUGCAGAAAACAAUAUUGUUAUUGAAAUUUAGGAAAAAUACAAUCUUGAUAUAUUUCUCAUUUUCUUUCUUAUAAAGAAUACAUUCUGUAUUCUGUUUUGGUCAAAAAAAAAAAAAUGGCAAUUGGAAGCUAUAGGGAAAAUGCCCACUUGUUGGAAUAUUUCAACUAUACACAUGGGAAAUUAAAUGAAUUUUUAAAUAGUAAUAAUUGCAAUAUUAUACUCAUCAAUAUCAUGGUUUUUUUCUCAUCAUAGUCGAAUUAAAAUCUUCGUAGAAAAUACUGUAAUAUUAAUAUUUUAAAAUUCUUUUGACUUUGAAGGUUAGUUUUAAUCUAAGUUCAUUAGAGUUAAUUGUGAAUAAAAUCAAAUAGAAUAUUAUAAAAUUGUUUCACACAACUUAUGAAAAAUUAUCAUAAAAGUGUUUAUCUUCUGAGCAUUUUAGUUACAUCUUGCUAAGAAAGAGAAAAGUCUCCUUUUCAUCACUUCUCAACAUCUUUUCAUCUUUUCUCCUUUUUCAUUCUUUUGUAAAUGCAUCAGGUCAUUCUUUGUUUCUCUUUACAUAAGUAUAGAAGUGUGCAUGUGCAUGCUAUAUAUAUAUAUAUAUACACACAUGCACAUACACACACACACACACACACACACACACACGCACACACGUAUGUAUGUAUAUGUAUAAUUCCUAUUAUUAUUAUUAGCAAUCAUACCAGAAGGUUGCGGACACUAUAAAUAUAAGCUCUCAUAAACUUGAGUCUACAAACAUAGUUUCUAUUAUCCCAGCUAUAGAUAUUUCACUUCAGUUACGUUAAUACCAUUGAGAAAGUCAUGAAUGACACAUUAUCCCAUUUCAUUUCUUUUGUGAAUCUUGUGAUUACAUUUUUUUUUAAAUUGCUUGAAAUCAACACCAAAUAUUUAAUUUAGCAUAGGUUGGCUCCAGCUUAAUCUGAUGAAAGCUGUUGCUCUUUCUUAAACUUAAGUGCUCCAGAGCUACAUGAUAAAUUUACUGAGGAAAAACUAGAUUUCUGAGGUAUGCUUCUUCCUUUACUUUGACUUUCCUUUUUCUUUUCUUUUUGCUCUUCCAUUCAUUCUGUUUUUGUUUUUUUUUUCUUAAGAAAAAUAAUACUGAAAAUUAGUCUUUGACAAAUUUCAAAAUGAUAUUUGUGCAGGUAAAAACUAAUAGUCUAUUAUUAUGAUUAUUAUUACCAUUAUUAUUACAGUUAUUAUUAUUAUUAUUAUUAUUAUUAUUAUUAUAAAAGUAGUGAAUUGGCCAAAUUGUUUCUGCAUCAGACAAAUGCUUAGUGACAUUUCUUCUGGCUCUUUACAUUCUGAGUUCAAAUGCCAUUGAGGUCAACUUUGCCUUUCAUUCUUUCAGGGUUGAUAAGAUGAGUACUAGAAUCAAUGUAAUUGAAUCGUGCCCUCUCCAGAAAUUGUUGGUCUUCUGCUUGUAAUAGAAAGAAUUAUUACUAUUAUUAUUAUUAUUAUUAUUGCAGCAAGCUGGCAGAAUUGUUAGCAUGCCGGACAAAAUGCUUAACGGCAUUUCAUCCAUCUUUACUUCCAGUCAUAGUUGACUUAGCUUUUCAUCCUUUUGGGAUCAAUAAAAUAAGUGCCAGUUAAGUGCUGAGUCAAUGUAACUGACUUGCCCCACCUCCCUGAAAUUUCUGGCCUUGUGCCAAAUUUUGAAAUUAUUAUUAUUAUUAUUAUUAUUAUUAUUAUUAUUAUUAUUAUUAUUAUUAAGGCAACAAGCUGUCAGAAUCAUUAGAGCAGUGGUAAAAUGUGUUGAGGUAUUUCUUCUGGCUCUCCUCAUUGUGAGUUCAAAUCCCGCCAAAAUCAAUUUUGUUGUCAUCAUUUCAGGUUCAAUUAAAUGUAGUACCCAUCAGAUAUUGGAAUCAGUUUAAUUGCUCAAAAUUGUUGGUCUUGUACCUAAACUAAAACAAUAAUGAUUAUUAUUAUUAUUUUGAUUAUUAUUAUUAUUAUUAUUAUUAUUAUUAUUAUUAUUAUUAUUAUAAAAAGAAUACUUUGCUAUGGAUGGCAAUAUAAUAUGUGAAAUAGUAAUAUUGCCAGCCUAAGCUAAGCACCACUAAAGCAGAACACUGAAAAUGGUUUCUAUGAUCUUUGUAGUUUCCUAAAUUUUAUUAAUCAAUUAUUGACAAACUGUACAAAAAAAUUCAAUAAAUAAAACAAUCUCAAUAUUAAUAAUAAAAACAAUAAUAGAAAAAUAGUUGCUAAAGUAGAGUUUUCUCAAUUUGAAGAAUUGUUGGUCAGAAAUUUCUUUAUCUUCAGAAUAUUUUCAUGUUGGCAGGGAAUUUCUUUUGUUCAAAUUCAAGUCAAAUUUUUUCAUAUACAAAACAACCGAAAGCUUUUUAAAAAUCACACAUGAACAUACACACUCACAUGCAUACAUAACACACAUAGUCUAGUAAUCUCUAAAAAGCGAAACAGAAGAAAAAAUUUUCUAAUUGAGUGAAAAACAAAAUGUUCUAAGAAAUUUAAUCUGCUUGGAUUUUGUUUACUUGUCAAAGUUACCAAAGUGAAAAUAAAGAUUAAAAAAAAAAGAAAAGAAGAGGAAAGAAACGAAUAAAAAAAUUAUGGGUUUACAGUUCACACUGAACAAAUAUUUUGGUUUGUUUUCAUCCUUCAAUAUUUCUUUAUUAGUUGGUAAUUUUUACUGUCAAUGAAGUGUUUGCUGAUUUUUUGUAUUGUGUUAUAGUAUUGUUUAAAAUGUGUGUGUGUCUGGAUGUGAUUAAGAGAAAUGAAGAAGAGAGAGACAGUCAAAUUGUCAAAACACUAUUGAUUUGCAAAAGAAUGCUCUCUUUUUCUUUCUCUUGCCUUUUCCCUUCCUUUUCUCACCGUCUUUUCCAUUUUCAUUUUGUUUUCUCAUUCAAUUGGUCUGUUUUUUUUCCUCAUUACUUAAUGUAAAAAAGUGUCCAAAACUCCUUACAAUUCCCUUGAGAUUAUUGAUGAAAUUAUUGCAGUCCAAGUUCAGCUUGAACAUAUACAGAUUUGGUGUUUGUGGAGAAAAUGUAACCUGGGAAUGAGGUUUUCCAGAGUUGGGGGAAAGAUGGAUCAGUGUAGCUGGUUUAUGUAGGAUAUGAGAGAGUAGUAGUGGGUGAUGAGAGUAACCUGCAUCAACUAGGUUUGAACACGAGUGGAAUACAGUACUCCCUCUGCCUCUUCUUCUUUAUAUAUAUUGCCAUCUUGUUCUCUCAAACUCUCUUCUUCCUUCUAUCAUCUAUCUCUACUUUACACUCAUUCCUUCAUUUCUCUUCCCCUCUUUCUCAAAUAGUUUCUUGUUCUCUUUUUGAUUUUGCAGCAUGUAGAGUUAUGUAAACUGUACAGUAAAGGCUUUCUCCUUUCUCAUUAACAUUUCUCUUAUCUCCUCUGCUGCCUUGACUGAUUGACUUUUCUGUAAGAAUAUCUAUGUAUUUAUUUCCAUUUUUCUAUUUGAUAUUUGUAUCGAAGAUCUUGCUUAUCCAUACAGUUAAACAAUUAUCCCAUUUUCUCUUCUCUCCUAUAAUACUGAGUCUUCUGUUCUAACAAUGGCAUAAAAAUGCUGACGGGUUGUCGUUGUUGGUGUUUGGUAAUGUCAUCAUGACUACUUUUAUUUUGCUUUGUUUGUGCGAGACUUGUGGUAUGGAAACUACCAAUAAAACAAAGCAUUGAUAUUAGUAUCUCUUGCUGUGGCUUUUCUCUUUAUUGUAUGGUAUAUUGUCUUAAGAUUUAGGAUUUGAAAUACAUGAUCCCCUAUUCAGGGAGGUCUGGUUGUCUGCAGUGAGCAUGUCAACUGAUGACAUAGGAGUUCCCUUAUUCACUCGUUUUAAUCAAUGAUAUAUAAGAAUAAAAAAAUUUCUUAUCACAUUUUUUUCCCUCUUUUACUUUUUGCUACAUUUUCUUGUCUCAAUUCUAUGGCAUUGUCGACAUUAUUUUUGUGAUUGAAUGCCAUUCUUGAACAAAAUCUUAAAAAUCUAUAUUAGCAUUAGCAUUAGUGCAUUGCAAAGAGAAUUUGUUACCAAAACCUUCAAUAUAAAAAGGUAGAAUGCAAGACUUACUUUAUUACAUUAUUUAGUUUUGUUCUUUUGACUUCAACUCUUGUCAGAGUCGCCUUUAUCUUUCCUCUCUUUGGGGGUAAUAAAAUAUAUUUACCAGUAAUAUAUUGGAAUUUGAUUAAAUUAACUGUACUCUUCCAUUACAAAAGAAAUAACUGCAUAAAAUGGCUUAUUGCAGAAGUAGAUCAUUGCAGUAAUAUGGUAGCACUUUCUAAAAGAAUUCAAUUUACAUGAAUCUAAAAGAAGAAUAUUUAACACAAAAACAUAAGUACAAUAGCUGUAAUGUGUAGGUACUGGACUAUUCCCCUUGUAACUGUUAGGUGAAAAUCUUACUCUUGUAACUGUCCCAUCAUGCACCUGUCCAAAACACUUUCAGUAUGAGUGGCUGAAUGGUAAACAGUUGAAAAGAAGGGCAGCCAAACAGCUGUUGAAACUAUUGUCUCAACAGUGUGUAAAUAUCUAAAUUUGCUACAAAAUCCAUCACAAGAACCAUGUUCGCAUGAAAAUAUAGUUACACUACAAUAAUACAAGCCUCCUCUUUGUUGUAUGAAUUGAGUUAACUUUGGAUUGUAAACAAUCAGUCUCUUGAUAUUUCAAACAUUAGAACUAUAACAACAGUGACAGUAAAAAAUAUAGACAUUAGAUAUUUCGUUAGGUUUUUUUAAAAUUUAAAAAACAAAAAAUAUAUAUAUAUAUGAUACUGGACAGAAUAACUUUAUUGGGUGAUAAUCAGGGUAUGACAUUUUGAUUUAGACUAGUCUUUUGUGAGAUUGGUAUUGUUUUAUAUGUUAAUACAUUAACAAUACUGUGUGUGUAUGUGUGUGUGUGUAUAAAAUUAUGAGAAAGUAUUGCAAAAAAUAUCUUUUGUAAUUAUGAAAUUAUACAAUAGUUAUUUGUCAGAAAAUGUUUGAUUUAUCAAUGAAAUUUCUUCUCUUAAUUCUGCUCAGUGAAUUUAGUAUAUUGGUAUCCACUGAAACUUUUUGUGCCAAAGCAGAUGGAAUUGUGUAUAAUAUAUCAGGUUGUUUCAUUUCAAAUGUAGUGUAUGUGUAU